AUGGCGCCUCCUCCAACGGAAGGGCAGCUCCGGCAUGGAUCAGAGGAUACUGAGAUCCUCUGCCUUUCUGUUCACGGAGAAGGCCACCCCAGCGUUUGCACGGAUCAGCCGUCAUCCCUAGGCGGCCCCGCGGCCCAAAUUACAGAACCCCGUGAUGACCAUGCGCUCGUGUCCACAGAAUCAGAUCGGUUUUCCUUGCGCGCUCUUGAGCUCGUGAGCGCACAGUUGGACAGCGACGACCAGUGCCAUGCCGAACUGAUGGAGGAGGACAGCGAUGACAAGGAUGGUAGCCAUGACGAGGAGGACAGCGAUGAAUCUGAUGCCCAAACGGCAGACGAGAACAGUGAUGAUGAGGAGGUUAGGGAUGAAUACUAUGCCCAAGUGAUUGGCCAGGACAGCGAGACAAAUUGCCCAGGAAAAAAAUACUCCGAGGAAGAAGCGGAUGAAGUAGUGUCCAGAUGGUUGCGCAGUUUCAACAAAGCGUAUGGAGACUGCUUGAACCUGCGUUUGGAGAUUCUAGCCCGGGGUGAUAAGAAUGCUUGUCUUCCUUCUUUUCCUUUGAAAGUACUCCCCGUGGUAACAAGUCUACGCAUUACAAGCAACAUCUGCUACCACCGCGAAUACAUGACCCAUGACACUUCCACGACUGCAUCAAUUCUUGGGUAUCCCAAUCCAAGAACCAUGCUACAGGUCUUCUCUUUGCGCUUGGCAAGCUAUGAAUCCUAUCCCGUUAGUGUUUAUGGAAUUUUCGCUGUUAGAGAUGUUCUGGAACCACGGCGGAAUCUUAUCUUUAACCAUCGGAGAGAGGAUGCUGUCACAAUUGAGCAGGAUUUUUUCACCUUACCUCUUUGUAGCCCCUGUCGAGGGAUGUAUGCACCGGAUCAGGCAUUACUGGAAGUUGAUCUAUGGGUGAAGGAGGGAGAUGGAUCGCCUGACGAACAGUUGCUCUCUGCGUAUGUUGAGAUUUAUUUCCAGUCACGUUUUGAUGAGAUGCGAACAGGACGGAUUCCAGGUGACAGUUGCAGCUUGGAGAUAGACUUCAUGUUCCUUUCACUGAGUGUUGAGGCUGUGAUACAAAUCUUUGCAAAGGUUGACCAUCCUCAUCAUUUGAGAUUUACCUCUUUCAGCAGUGGCUUUGAUCAUGAGAUUGUGCUGUUUGGUGACAAAUUCGUUGGGAGCGGGAGCCUAAACCAACAUGUCGUCGCCGUGAGGGAGAAGGGGAAAUUGGAUGUUCGCUUACAAGUGGAGAAAAUGGUGUUUCAAUGGACUUUCCAAGAUGGGGUGGCUGCAACUAUUAGUUCUCCAAACGACUCGAUCCUAGAGUAUGGUCAGUUUGUUGUGAGGGUGUUAUUUGCUCCAAAGGACUUGCAACCAGUUAGACGACAUGGCUACUGA